CCUCUGGUGCUUUCACCCGUCAGCCUCAGGGCCAGUGCUCCCUCUGCCCCAGUCUUAAUGAUUAACCUGAAAUACUAUCAGUCCCAGAUUAGUUAUUUAUGGCGUGGCCUGUGCAUUCUGUUCCAGAAUAUAUCUCUUUGCAACAAGCUCUGUUGCACAUGGUUUGGGUGCCAUCGCGUCAAAAGUGUUUAGGAUACAGUAGUAUUCACAAAUCCAAAUAAAAAUCUUUUAGCUCACUCGCUCACAAAAUGUUGGUAAAAUGGUAUGGUAUUCAUUAACAAUAAGUUGGAUGCAUUUUGAACAUGAUUUAUUUUAAUCAUUUCUAGCAUAUGUUAGUCUGGCUAUAGUAUGAAUCUAUUUCAGCUAAUUGUUUUCUUUUGUUUUUGUUAAGAAAUGUUCAAAAGGCAAAAUUGGCAUGCAGAUGACAUCAAAGGGUAAGCACUUUUAUUUGAAGUCAGACUACCGCAACAUGCCUGUCACAUUUGGAGCUGUUUUAUCAGAAUUAAUGUGAAAAUUGACAAUAAAGAUAAAAGUAGGGCUGCUGACUGCUGACUGCUGACCUGUUGAGGUGAGUUACAAGCUAAUCCUAAUCGCUCUCAAUAUAAUUUGGCUCGAUCAUCAAUAGCUACAUCUCUAGCCCAGUGGAAUAUGUGCCCGCCUCUGUGAAUGGGGGCUUGGUCAGUGGCGUGUAACAGAAAACUAGAAGUGAGCAAUAUCUCAUCUACCUUGGUGAAGGCCAACUCCCAAGCCAUUCACUUUUACAGCCUACCUAUGUCUUCCAUGAGUGUGGUGUUAAUGGAACAGACUCAUGGAACAGACUGAAGCGACUUCUAUCCAUUUAUUCCUAUUUUAAAGGUAUUUCACUGAAUCAGAGAAAUUCUUCAUCUAUAGACAACCAUUAGUGUUACACAUCACUGCUCUGUGUUGACCUCUAUUCUCUAGUUCCCAAAAUAUGCCAACUGGACCUUCUCUGAAAUUCAGUCCAGGACUAAACGCCUUGUUUUUUUUUAAGUCCACAUUAACCAAAAAAAAAUGAGUCUACUAACCAAAGAUAACCGAUAGCUGUGACAAGAUCAGUGAUUGCAAUCAGCAUGAGAAAUAGUCUGCCACUAGAUGGAGUAUUGAGACCGUUUUGAAACCUCAGAGAGUGAGUGAGUGAGGGAGAGAUAUCUGCGAGUGGACAACAGCUGUGAUGUCAGUGAGCUUGCAGGGUUGCCCAUUUAAAGGCGGACCUAUCUGACAUCCUUGAGGUUGGUGGGGACAGGGCAUGUCUACAUUUAUACUUGCUCUCAAAUACAUUUGAUGCAGGGAACAAUCCACCGUUUUCAAUUCAGGACACGGUCAUUUUUAAAGGUGAAUUACUUUCUAUUCAACUUUGCUGCUCAUUUGGAUGUUUGGCUACAAGUCUUUAAAAACUGGGAAACUAAAUAUUAUGAUUUAAAAUUCGUGGAUUAUAAACUACCUGCCGCAUCCCUGGCCUUUGUCAGUUGUGCAUAGGAUGCAGGUGAUCCUCUUUGCCACUACUGUGAUUUUAGUGAAUGACCUGGCCAGUGCCGAACCGAAAUCUAAGUGUUCAGCCCGGUGCAAUGUGAGCAAGUGCCCGAGUCCGAGUUGUCCCAAUGGCUAUGUGCCCGAUCGGUGCAACUGCUGCUUGGUGUGCACCCUGGGUGAAGGGGACGCUUGCGGCCGGAGUGACGACUUGCCCUGUGGUGACGGUCUUGAAUGUAAAUAUCCUGCCGGCAAGCGCCUCUCCAAAGGGGUCUGUCAGUGCAAAACAGGUCAUAAAGUAUGUGGCAGCGAUGGUAAGACAUAUGGCAAUGUUUGUAAGAUAAAGGUGGCCAGUCGUAAAGCUCUGCAGCGCAGAAAGACCGCUAUAACAACAGCACACAAAGGACCGUGUGCAACUCCCAGCAAAGGUCCUGCACACCCUAACAGUCCAAGAUACAAGUUCAACUUCAUAGCAGACGUGGUUGAGAAGAUUGCUCCGGCUGUGGUGCACGUAGAACUGUUCCUGAGCCACCCGCUAUUUGGUCGCCAUGUGCCUCUCUCCAGUGGUUCGGGUUUCAUCACGACUGAAUCAGGUCUGAUUGUGACCAACGCACAUGUGGUGACCAGCACGGCCGCUGUGCCUGGCCAGCAGCACCUACGGGUCCAGCUGCAGAAUGGAGACACAUACGGGGCCACCAUCCGAGACCUGGAUAAGAAGUCUGACAUUGCCACAAUUAAAGUUAACUCACCGAAAAAGCUGCCUGUGUUGUCACUGGGCCGCUCGACAGACUUGAGACCUGGCGAGUUUGUGGUUGCCAUUGGCAGCCCCUUCGCCCUCCAGAACACGGUCACGACUGGCAUAGUGAGCUCAGCUCAGCGAGAUGGAAAGGAGCUGGGCAUCCGGGAUUCAGAUAUGGACUACAUCCAGACAGAUGCCAUCAUCAAUUAUGGGAAUUCUGGUGGCCCACUUGUCAACCUGGAUGGUGAGGUCAUUGGGAUUAACACAUUGAAAGUGACAGCAGGGAUAUCCUUCGCCAUCCCCUCUGACAGAAUCAAACGCUUCCUUAACGAAUCUCUAGACAAGCAUCACAAAGUGAUGCAGAGGAUAUAUAGGCCUCAUUACCAGGGCCUGCAGCUUCAGCCGGUGGUCUCUGAUUCAGAGUGGAAAGGCACAAAAAAGAGAUACAUCGGCAUCAAAAUGCUUACCAUCACUGAAAGUCUGGCAGAAGGGCUGAGGCAGCAUAAUCCUGACUUUCCAGAUGUCAACAGUGGGAUCCUGGUCCAUGAAGUGUUGCCAGACUCCCCAGCUCACAAAGGUGGCCUUGAGAACGGUGACAUCAUAGUGAAGCUGAACGGACAGCCGCUCACCAGCACAGAUGAUCUGCAAGAGGUGUUGCUCGGGGAGGGUGCUCUUCUGCUGGAGGUGCAGCGUGGCAAUGAUGACCUCCUCUUCAACCUGGAGCCCCACGUCAUCAUGCAGUGACAGGCUUCACGCCAUGUCCCUGCCUGCUGAACUAGCCCUGACAUUUACCAUUAAAAAAAAGACAAAGAGCACUGCUUAGAUCAGAUGUUAGAUCUCUGAAUGUAGGUGUAAAUGUACUCAAAUGGAUUACCAUGGCACCAGAACAUCAGUGGUAUGAAACUAUCCUCUCUUUCUUCUCCUGAUGUUCUAACGGACCAAUGAUGGCAUAGUUUCUCUGCUGAUGCCACAGAUAGAUGGACUGAAGGGAUAUUUGUCUAUGAACUGCUGUUCUAGAGUUGUAGUUUGUGGAUCAGAUAUUUCAAAUAAUGUCUUUCUGGGUUAACAGAUGUUCCCUGUUCACUGGAUUGAAGGGUCUACAUUCAUAAACACAUUAGCACAGUAGAAAGGUGACGCAUGUGUUUGGUUCAGGAUAGGGUAGGCCAUUCUUAAUACUGUCACAUGAUUCCUACUGUUAAAAAAGUGUUCUAUUUAUUACAGUAGGGCUUUUGGACGCUUGGUAAUGAACACAGCUCAAAUUAAGUGGCUUUACUUUAUAUCCUAAAUAAGGACUAUGUCUGACAAUGCCCCUUCCCCACCUAAAGAUGUACAAUUGAAUUCUGAACCAGCACAAGAAAGAAGUUGAAAAUGAGUUGUAAAAUAUUCUAUAUGUUAUUUUGAUAGGUAUGACACACACAAAAAUAAAAAGAAUUCAGAAUUGUGCUUCUAGUUGCAAACCAGGGGAGGUAUACGACAUCACAUGAAGAACAAGUACAGCAGUCCCUUGUGUAGUAAUCUCUGCAGUUAGUCUCAGUCUUGCUAUUGCUUAGAUUAAAUCAGACAAAGCACUUGAACUGCUGCUUUAUGGUAAACAUUACACCAGAUGUACCUCAUAAGCACAGCUGAGUGUAGCUUAGAGUACAUUUUAGGCAUGUUGACUUAUUGUACAUACACUGUACUUUAACACUGGGAUAAGAGCACUCUGAAUGUCGACUUUUGUAAAAAAAAAAAAAAAAACUAAUGUACAUUAAACAUUUCAUAUUGUAAAACCACAGGCCACACUAUUCUAUUCCGAUGAUGAUACAUGAUGAAUUGCACAAAGGUAUUUUGAACAUGACGACUAGUUCAGUAAAGGUGACAUUUGAUUGGUGAUUUUUUUUUAAGUACAUUCUCAUUAUACUUAAAUGUGAAAUAUGAAAUACAAUAAUUUCUUUAUAAGUUUUUAUAGAAGACUUGUGCAGCCACGUAAUAAUAUGCAUAGCGCAUGUAAGACAAAACAAAACAAAACCAUGAAAGUAUCACUUGUUGCUAUUGACCUGGGACUGCAGUGUUAUGCAAUGAAAAUGACAGCUGUCCAUAUUAGAGAUUUGGGGUAUGAUUCGUAAUGGUAUAUGUAUCAUCAAAACAAUUAGCAUAGAUUUGCUGACUCCACCUAGUGUUGUCCACACCAGCACCACAAGUCUGCUGGAUCGAUGUAUAGUGGUCCUUUUCUUUUCACAUGGGGAAAGGACUGACUGACAGGCAGGGCUUCAGUGACAUCACUAUGUGUGGCCAAUGGGUAAAAGCCCCCCUGCCCCAUCAACGGGGGCUGGAAUGAGGGGGCUUCCAGCUAGACAGCGCAGUUUAGCUGCAAAGCUCAGGGCCCGUUUUGCUCUGUAACACAAUCAAUAGCUUAUCCUUAGCUAAUCUUUGCAUAAAUAUAAAAGAUAUUAUACGAAUUUGAGUGUUAUAAAAAGACACUCUACCUACAUAAUAUUGAUAGUAUUAUUGAUGCAUUCGCUGUAAUGUGAGUAGUAUGCGUGUUGAAAUUUUUUGACAGUGGAGAAUACAUACCCAUUCCUCAUCCUGCAUACCAGCACAACCAAAAAAAGACCACUUAAAGUCUUGUGUUCAGAAGUCAUGGUGGAGUGCAGGGACUAUGUUUAUGUGACAACUUCAAAAUCAUUAUGCAACUACGAGGCCAUGUCUCCAUCUUUAAGCUGUGGCAGAAGCUAUGUAGUGAACUUUGUCUUGUUUUAGCAAAGACGCCAUUUCCCAGUAGUCCCAUGCUAUCUAUCUAUGUGUGAAACAAUAAAGAUGAGGAGUGUGCACAUGUAUUGUGAAACAUCAUCGUGUCUCUUGUCUGUUUGAAAGCAUUUAUUCUUUAAUGACAAACUUUUAUGGGGGCUUUUCUAGUCUAUUAGUCGACAGGACAGUGGAAAGUAGACAGGAGGCCAGUGCUAAAGAGAGAUGGGGAGUGGGCUCAGUAAAUGGCCUCAUGGCCGGACUACAAUGGGUACUGUGGGAACCAGCUAGACCCAUGCAUGUGUGGGUCAAAGACGCUACAGCUCCCCCCAAAAUUGCACCUUUCAAGCUAUGAAAAUCUAAAACGUACCUACACCGUCAUACAUAUGGAUGUUAACAGUGCCCAUGUCGUUACUGGCAUGGCAAUUGUGCCAACAAAAUCCAAAGGCACCUGCAGUGUUCUCUUGGACUCAAAACCUUUUAUUUCGUCUAUUGGUUUUGUUGUGGCUGGAGAGGUCUUCUGGUGUCUGUGGAAGGAUCCAUUGCACCUUGGCUGGCAGACCAGGCAGUCCCUGGCAGUCUCCACAUGGCAAAGAGUUUGGCUUAUGUCUGAUGGGCCUGGCCAGGAAAACCAACAGAAGUAGACUAUCAGCAUAAUCUCUUUAUUUUUUUGUACCACAACACAAUUC